GUUACCCCCAUGUAAUCUGUUGACCCAUGUAACUGAAGGUCAUGCUGAGCUAGUAAUGCUAAGCUAACGUGUGCCUGUUGCUUUGUCUCCCUCAGAUGCAGCAACAGGAGAUUGCCCUGGUGAGGCAACGAGACGCAAACCUGACCGCGCUAGCUGCCAUCGGACCUCGGAAGAAACGCAAGAUGGACUCGCCAGGGGCCACGCCGUCAGGGACCGAGGUACCAGGCAGCUCAGUGGGGUCGCCGGGUGCCGCCUCCUCCCCCUCCACGUCGUCACAGCGGCAACGUCAACGCAUCACCCGCGUCAACCUCAGGGACUUCAUCUUCUACAUGGAGCAGGAGAAAGAGACAGCCCACUCACUUCUGCUCUACCGGGCUCUGCUCAAGUAGCACCCUCUCCCUCCCAGCACCCUCCUCUCUCUCCCUUACCAUCUCCUUCUACCCCUGCAACGUGCCUUCAAUCGGGUCAGAUGUUUCAGCUCAGUGUCUGUGUUGUGAUGUUGAUAUUAAUGUAGCUUUUGAUAUAAAGGCUAGAGAAAAAACAAAUAAAAUGUAUUGUAUGUGUCUUUAUCUGUUUUAGCUUCAUGAUAAAUACACUGAGUACCAAACAUUAAGAGCACCUUCCUAAUAUUGCCCUUUUGCCUUUUGCCCCCAGACCAACUCAGUUUGUCGGGGUAUUGACUCUACAAGGAGUCGAAAGUAUUCCACAGGGAUGCUGGCCCAUGUUGACUCCAAUGCUUCCCACAGUUGUCAAGUUGGCUGGAUGUCCUUUUGG